AAGUCAUGUUGGGGCAUCGUGGAACUUGGCGGUUGCCUUAACUAUCCACACGCCAGUCUCGCGGAAACACUUAUUUAUGUCGGUUCAACUUAUAUAACACUCCGCUGCCAAUCAUCUAUGCUCUAUUCGUAGUGUUAAUUUUUUAGUUCAUGUGUUGUAGUUCAGGUAUCAAAAUGUUUUUUUCGCGAUAUGCACUGACCGUGUGUGUGUUGUUUGUGUUGUGCUACAUAGAUACAACAACCGCAUUGAAGUGCUAUGCAUGCAAUGAAGCUAACGAUAGAAGGUGCGAAACUGAUCCAGCUCAGUAUCAAUUUCUUGUUGAUUGUCCCAACCAAUAUUCAUCACAUUCAAGGUAUCGCUGCCUGAAAUCAACUUCCAGAGUGACCGAUAGAGGAUAUGUAACGAAACGAGGUUGCAUAUCGGAUUCGCUAACGUGUGAUUAUCUACAAAGGACGGCUCCUCCAUACGAGCAAGUCAUCAGUUGUGACUUCUGCGAUUACGAUCAGUGUAAUUCAGCGAGCACCUCCAAAGCUCAGUUAGCUACUCUGGCCGUCGUAAUGAUGACAUUUUUCAAAUAUUUCAAAAGCGGGUUGGGGAUGUAAAAGCUAAGAUUUAACAUAAAUUAAUCUAAAGUAUUAUUAGCAUUAGAGAGUAUUAAUUUUUAACCUGCUUGAAAAAUUGCAUUUCAACCUGUUGUUAAAAUGAGUUUUUUAUUUUUUAAUAUCUUAUGCUGUGUACAGGCUAAGCAAAAGAUUCCGUCCAAAACAUUCUAAUUUUCAUUAUUUAAUUUGUUAUAAUUAACUAUAGAAAUACAACGAUCAUGCCAAUUAUUCUAUUCAACCUUUAUUUCAAAUAUUACAUAGCAGCUGUAAUAAAGUAAAUAUUUUAUUCUA